AUGGGAGUUCUGGCAGAAGCUGCCGGUUCUGACGGUUCUGGGCGGUUUGUGGACGAAGCGGACCAGCUGACGUUCAGACGACACUCGGCGCUGACCCGUAGGAGAAGAAACAUUCUGUUUCCCAGCGGAGUGACGCUGUGCAACCAGGAGACCUUCGACCAGGCCGCCGCCAACCACCUCAGCUACUUCCACCUGAGAGUGUGUCAGGAGACGGUGUGGGAGGCCUUUAAGAUCUUCUGGGACCGGCUGCCGGAGCGGGACGAGUACCAGCAGUGGGUCGGACGCUGCAUCGACGGCUCCGUCGGCGUCCAUGACAUCGGCAGCUUCUUCAGCCAAUCAGAAGAGCACAUCAGCCUCAUCAGGAGCAGGGUUGCCAUGGCAGCGGCGACAACCAGCUCUGAGACGACGAGCGUCCAAUCAGAAGCCUCGCUGAGCGACUCCCUGACAGAUGGAGACGCCGUCAUCUGGGGACCAGAGACCAGCACCCAGCGAGACCUUCAUCCAGGCUUCCAGGUCACCGCUCGGACUCCUGACACGUUCUCCAGCGAGGUUCCUGUGGAUUUAACCUCUGACCCUGCUGCUGGGGCGCCGCCAGAAGGAGCUGAAGAUGUUCAGGAGGCUUCACAGAGACCAGCUAGUGUCACUGUGGACGCCGACUGGACGGGUCAGGAGGACAGAACUGUCCCAGAUGUGACGGAACCCGAGGAGAUCUUUGAGAUCUUUUCUAAACAUGAUUCUGAGCUGAUUCAAGACGUCAGCCCAAAAGGUGAGGAGCCACCAUCAGAGGAGGUCGCUCAGGAGUUCCCCACAGAACGGGCUGUUGUGGUUCCUCCAGAACCCACCACAGCAGCAGCUGCAGAAGCUGCCACGAUGGAGGAACCAGGGCAAGAGGAACCUCCAGAUGGGACUGCUGAGGUUCCUUUAGAAGUCCUGAUGGAACCUGUCCCUGAAACUUCUGUCACAGACUCUGUGGCACCAGAAGAGACUCCAGAGAGCUCUUUGGAUUUCAGCCCAGAUACGAGCUUCACUGAGGACGCUGUAGAAGAACCCACCAAGGACUCAGCAGAGCCAGUCGGUGAAGCAUCACUGCCUGAACCUAGACCUGGACCUGGACCUGGACCUGGACCUGGACCUGAACCUGGACCAGGACCUGGACCGGGACUUGAACCUGAACCUGAACAUCCAGAAGAAGAGGCUGAAGCUCCCAUAACUGUGACUCCAGAACCAGAACCUGUCUCUGAUGGAGAAACCGAAGUUCCUUCCCAGGCUUCCAUUCUGACAACAACCAUGAAGAUCGGAGCUCGUGAAGACACUGGAAAUGACAAGGAGGUGACUUCCAAGCCUGCUGAGAUCCUAGAUGCCCCCCAUGGCCCUGAGGAGGUCCCACAAGUGGAGCAAACAGAACCUGAGGAAGAAGAAACCGUGGCGUCACCAGAGGUCAAAGUAGAAAUCUCACAUGAAGAUCAGACUGAAGUGGAAUCUUCUGAGGUGAGAGAACAAACUGGGACUGUUGCUGAAGAAGAAGCUGUUGAGACAGAAGAACCGCCCGAGGAACCGGUUACCACUGAAGAAACAGUAACCACAGAAGAACCAAAAAUUGUAGAAGAAACUGCAGAAGAACCAGAACCAGCUCAAGAAACUGAUUCUGUGGAAGAACCGACAGAGAAGAAGGAACCUGCAGGAGGAUCUCUUCAAGAAGCAGAACCCAAAGUAGAACCUGAUGAGGAUGAAACUCAUCUUGUCAGAACUUCUGUUGAUAAAACACAAGAAGCAGAACCUUCAGAGGACGGAGGAGAUGCAGCUUCUGAGGCUUCAGAUGAGAGAACAGAGGAAGGAGUUGGUUUUGAAGAACCAGAAGCAGGAGGAACCAUGUCAGAAGUCACUGAGGAGGUUGUAGAAGAGGUCACUCCGGUUAUUGUUGUGGUUCCAGAAGACGCUGAGAGAUUAUUGCCUGGGCUUGAAGAGGACGAAACACCUGAGGUGAAGGUGGAAGCUCCACCAGAAAGCAGUGAGGAGACCCAGGAACCUGAACCUACAAAAACCAGAACUGUUCCUGAGGAAGAACCAGCCUCAGAAGCGGACGCCCAUCCAGGAUCGGUUUCGGUGGUAGAAACCGCCGAGGAGGACUAUGGAGCUGCAGGUGAGGACGGCGUCCAGGAAGCACCUCCAUCGGUUGAAGGAACCUCACCGACUGAAGAUGGAACAGAAACCAUGACGGAGCCUCCAGCAGAACAGACCUCAGAAGCCUCCCCUGGUUCCUCCCUGGAGGUCACCACCAAGUACCAGGUGGAAUACAACAACGGCAACUUCCCCGACCUCCAGGGAGCGUACCACGACGGCAUGCUGGGGAACAACGGCUUCGGCUGGGAGGACGAGCAGGAGAACUCGAUCGGUAACGAGAUCGACGCCGCGGCGCCGUGGCCCUCCAGGCCGCUGAAGGACCACGUGGUGGAGCUCAGCAUCCGGCUCCGAGGAGAAACGUACAACGACGCGCUGAGGAACCCGAGCAGCUUCGAGUACCAGCUGCUGGCGCGACACUUCACACGCAGGAUCGAAGACGCCUUCGUUCGUCUGCCGGGCUUCAAGAAGGUCCACAUCGUGGAGUUCAGGCCUCAGAAGGACCUGGAGAGGGGUCUGGUGGUUCUGGUGCACUACGCCAUCACUCUGGAGGUGGACGGCGGCAGCGUCGCCAACGACACGCUGGACUUCAUCUCCCUGCAGAACAACCUGGUGGAGAAAAACUACCCGGGCGCCGCCGAGCAGCCCACCGUCGUCUACACCAUCACCGACUUCCGCAACUACAUCACCGAGGCGCUGCACAAAGACAACUUCAUGACCAACAGCAGCCUGGAGGCGGCGGACCCCCUGCUGCUGGAGAACGCAGAGAACUCGCUGCCGUCGGAGAAACCGACGAGUCGACCAGCCGACACCUUCGACAACAUGGAUAACAUCCUCGCUGCAGAGAAGCCUCCCGACGCUCCGAUCCACGAGGCGGACGGCGGCGAUGGCUUCCUUAAGAAGGACGACUUCCUGUUUGACCUGUUCGACCAAUGGAAAGGCCCGCAGAGUGAAGCGGCCAGCGAGAACGACGUCUUCAUGUUUGACGAUAGCGCGGCUCCUUCACCGGCCGACGAAUUCCCAGCAAAGACCUUCGACCUGGAGACUCACGACAAGAAUAGUGGACAUAUUGAAGAGGAGGGCUUCCUGGUCGGUAACGCCGCUGGCGGUGAGGCUGAUGCCCCCCGAGGAGACCAUGAGCUCAGUUCUGGAGGCCCAUCUCCUCCGCUGGAAUCUCAAACCUCCUCGGAGGCCUCGCUGGAAGAUGGUUCCGGUUCCGGGUUCUCUGGAGACAGCCAGCGCUCUGAUGUCUGGUCCUGGCAGACUUCACCGACGUCCGACGCCAUCUUUAAUAAUGGGGACGGAGGCCUAGAGGUUCUACCGCCACCUGAUCUGGAGGAGGAUGAAGACGAGCCUGCUGCUGAGUCGUCCACCACUGAGAAAGAAGUUCUGAUCGGAGUAGGAUUCACUGAGACAACUGCUUUAAAAGAACCACUUCCAGAUGGAUACGUCGAGGAGUCUUUCCUGGAUCAAGUUCUGGUAACACCACAUAUCAGUACAGAUCCGCGGUACUCGACCACAACUCAAGCACCCGUGUUCUCGCCCAAAGGAACCCUUGCUAUUGAGCUUUCUGUUCAGACAGUAGAAGCAUCGGGGAUCUAUGAUGACUGGAUCGAGCCAAACACGCUGGCAGCACCAGUUGCAGAUUUUUCUGAACCUGAAGCUUGGACUCUGGAUGCUGCUGUUUUUGUGCGACCAACUGAUUUAACAGAUUUAGCCACAAACCUUCCAGGAACCACUGAGGAAUUGGAAGAAGUUACUGAGGCAGCAGCUACAUCUGAAAUACCUCAGGUCCCUGAUACCAGCGCUCCCUCAACCAAGGAGUUGCCUGCCUUCGUGGAAGUCCAGGCAGUCACAGUUGGUGAGUCCAGCUCUGAUGCGAUCACCAAUGAGCCUCCACAUCCAGAUGUACCGACAGAAAGACCAAACCUGCUGCCAGAGACACCAGACCGCGAUGUGGUUGAAAUUUUGGAGGAGCAGCACAUAGACAGCACUCAUCCUACAACAGCGCCGGUGGUUGACACCAUAGACCAGGACCUGGUUGUGGAUGAAGUCAUGGUCGUCAUCACGACGACUGUCGCUCCUCGUCCAACUCCAUCUGUAAGCUCAGACCACGACAGCAGCAUCGCACUCUCUCCUGAGAAGGACUCUCCGUUCACUCGAGUGUCGGAUUCAUUGCCAGAGGACGAGGAUCUGGUUCACCACGAGCACCCAAACCAUGAAGCCGUGACCGAAGGUCCGAUCAGCACUCCGCCCUCAGAUGUUCCUCAGUCAACACCAGAAACUGAAAAGAGUUCUUCAGAAGAGUCGCCUGGUUCUUUAGCGUCAGACGGAGACUCAGGUGUAACUUUGACAGAUCCUUCAGGAGGACAAGAAGGUGGCGACGCCCAUGAAGCCCCGACUUCCUCGCUACAGAAAGUCAACAGCAGUGUUAAUGUGACCGAGUUUCACCCUUUCGAACAUGGUUUCUCUGACAUGCCGAGCAUCGACGUCAGCUUCGAUGUGUUCCAGUACGGCAGCGUGGUGGCUGAAGGCGACAGCAGUGGCUUCUCCAGUGGAGCUCAGGGGUCGGACCUGGACGCCAUCGCAUUACCGACCCGACCGGGCAGAGCUCUGACGGUGUUCUUCAGCCUGAGGGUGACCAACAUGGCGUUCUCCAUGGACCUCUUCAACAAGAGCUCCCCAGAGUACAAGGCUCUGGAGCAGCGGUUCAUGCAGCUGCUCGUACCGUACCUGCAGUCCAACCUGAACAACUUCCAGAACCUGGAGAUCCUCAACUUCAGGAACGGCAGCAUCGUGGUGAACAGCAGGAUGAGGUUCGGGAAGCCGGUUCCCAGUGGGGUCACCAACGUCAUCUACCUGAUCCUGGAGGACUUCGCCAACACCGCCUACCAGACCAUGAACAUGGCCAUCGACAAGUACUCGCUGGACGUUGAAUCAGGCGACCGGGCCGACCCCUGUAAGUUCCAGGCCUGUAACGAGUUCUCUCGCUGCAUGGUGAACCGCUGGUCCGGAGAGGCCGAGUGCGUGUGCGACGCCGGCUACGUGAGCGUGGACGGGCUGCCGUGUCAGAGCGUCUGCGACGUGCAGUACGACUUCUGCCUCAAUGAUGGCAAAUGUGACAUCAUCCCCGGCAAGGGCGCCAUCUGCAGGUGUCGGGUCGGGGAGAACUGGUGGUACCGCGGCGAGCACUGCGAGGAGUACGUCUCCGAGCCGCUGGUGGUCGGCAUCGCCAUCGCCUCGGUGGCCGGCUUCCUCAUGGUGGCGGCGGGCAUCAUCUUCUUCCUGGCGAGGACGCUGCGGGACCAGUAUGACGGGGAGGACACGGAGGACCCGCUGCGGCGGGGCGACAGCAUGCCGACCCUCGAACGCGCCACCAAGUUCAACCCGAUGUUCGAGAGCGACCCGGUCACCACGCAGUACUACCGUCGCUAUGACGACGACGUGCCGCCAUACAGCAGCUCGGACGCCUCCAAAGGCGUCAGCAGCACCGAGAUCCGAAACAUCUACCAGAACACCACGCUAUCCAAAGAGGAGAUCCAGGAGCGUCUCCGGAUCAUCGAGCUGUGUUCCAGAGAUCAGAACUUCGCUGAUUUUGUGCGACAGACUCAAGUGUUCCUGGAGAGGAGAGGGAGCUCGACCACGUAGCCGCCUGCGCCACCGCUCACCAACAGAAGCUGCCUUUGUCUCGGACUCGAGGAGGGACGAGGAGCUCGUGGAGGUGGAGGUGACCAGAAGGUUUACUUUCUGUGGACGCUCCUUUCUUCUCGAACUGACCCUAAAGUGGACUUGGACUCUUCGAGUUCGCCUCUUUUCUCACUUGGACCUU